CCGAGACACACCGCCGCCCAUCACGGCCGCUCUCCACCACCACCCGCCGCCUCCUGCACACCUGCCGCCUCCUGCACACCUGCCGCCUCUAUUAAUAAGUGUGUACUGUGACUGACAACCACCGCCUCUCCCGACCCACUCGGUGACACACACACAGUGUUUCAAUACUCGUAGGUCCCAAGACGUCAGUCUAGAGCCUCCCAACCCACCCUCUCACCCCGCGCUCUAAGCACCUUCAGGUCAUAACGUUAAACUCUAAGACGAACUUAGUUGGACGAGACUCCCGGAGGUGUGUGGCCAACUAGGGAGUGUGGCCAGCGACCGAAGAGGCUCCCCAACCAUCCUGGUCCCUACUGCCAGCAUGAGGAAGGCGACGUACACGGUGGUGAUGGCGGUAAUGGUGGCGCUAAGUAUGGCGGUAGAGCAGCCGGCCACCAGUGAUGACUCGUGGCUGUCCAACCUGCAGCACGUGAGGCCCGCCGCUAGUGCCGACACUGGAGUCUGGAUGAGCCAAGCCUGGCACCCUGACCGGCACUGGCCUGCGCCUGAGGAGGAAGAGGCAGCUUGGGACCCCCAGGAUACGCUAGCCAUGGCCCUUCCUCUCAGCGAGGAAGCAGGAGAGGGUGAUGAGGAUGUCACGCUCGGUUUGGCUAAGGGGCAGCCUCCCCGUCGUCUCGGAUCGGUGGUUGACCUCAUUCAAUCUAUGGCUCGUGGACUGAGACCCUUCGUUCCCAAAAAAAAGAAGCAGGAUUUCUUUGCCGCCAUGGAGCGUCGCUCCGGACGACGACCGGCUGCUUGUCGAUUUGGACCCUUCGAACUGGUGUGCUGGAACGCUGCAAGGAGGGGCGCGGUGAUGCGACAGAGGUCUUCCCAGUACUCCCAGUAGCCCUCGACACCUACCAAGAACUCAUCCCUCCCACCACCCAGACUACCCUGCCUCACUCCCUCGUCGUUACCAGUUCAGCCAACGUCUUGAACAUCCCAAGUGGAGAGACGAAGCUCAUGUGUCUUGGAUAUAUCAAUAAUAAUAAGGCAUUGUCUGAGGCAGUCAGUAACCCACAACUUACAAGAAGCAUUCCCGUGACCUCAUCCUUUAUUUAUUUUUUUCUAUAACAGACUAAAUAUUUUACUCCGCUCGCCAGUACUGUAGGGAACGUGUCCACGGGCAGCAGCGGUGGACAGCCAUUAUUGUCACUCAACAACACUCACAUUUUUAAGGUUGCGAGUCAAAUGAAUCCCAGUCCUACUAAGUCCCAACCUAACUACUAGGACUGAAACCCCUCUGUACUGGGGGCCUUCUAGCACUAAGACCCUUCUAGGACUGGGGCCCCUUUAACUCUGGGCCCCUCUAGGACUUGGGCCCCUUUAGCAUUGGGGCCCCUUUAGCACUGGGGCCCUUUUAGUACUGGGGCCCAUUUAGCACUGGGGUCUCUUAUCACCGGGGCUCCUUAUCACUGGGGCACUCUUAUCACUGGGGCACCCUUAUCACUGGGGCCCCUUAUCACUGGGGCACCCUUAUCACUAGGGCCCCUUUAUCACUGGGGCACCCUUAUCACUAGGGCCCCUUUAUCACUGGGGCCCCUUUAUCACUGGGGCCCCUUUAGAACUGAGACUUAUUUGCCCAAACACACCCUCUCCAACAUUGCUUUUACUAAUGUUCUCUAAAAUGUUUAAUAAUGUCUCAAUAUAUUUUAUUUUCAAUAACACUCUGAAUUUAAGAUUAUGUUUAUAAACUUAAUUGAAAUGUUAACCUACGGCAGAUCAGUAAUAAAGUGUACUGUCACCUUAAAACGUUACUUUCCACAGCCUGUCAACAAACUACAAAAGCAAAAACAAAACAAAAAACACUUAGAGAGAUAAAACAAAUAGCCCUACAUACGCUUCAUAAUACUAAGAAUGUACUCCAGAGACUUGUAUAAUACUAAAUAAGUUCGUAUCCACAGUGUCAACACCACACAGUUACGGAGUUGUAACACAAUACUGGGUAGAGGAGGACUGCCACAAGUCUAUAGACAUAAAACAUAACAUAUCAAAACCCUAUUUAAAGUAAGUGGUAUAAGAUUUAGGAAGACCGCCGGAACUUUGAACAUAUCCUGUAAAAUCCAUAUGAGAUUGUAUAGGAUUGUAAAUAAACUGUACUAGCAACACUGGCUAUUAU